AUGCUGAUGCUGGUGCAGCGGAGGCAGUGCGGCGCGGGCAAGGGCAAGGGCGCCGGCCAGCCGCAGCAGCAGCAGGCAGCGGCGAGGCCCGGCAGCGGCAAGGCGGCUGGCGGCAGCGGCGGCAGCGGCCCGGGCGCCGCCGUGCGGCCGGGCGGCGCCGCCACAGGGCCAGUGGGGGCAGGUGCAGGCCAUGGCAGCGGCGAUGAGGAGGGGGACGACGAGGAUGACGAGGAUGAGGCCGUCAGGUGUGUAACCUCGGACGGCGUCGUGCACAGAGACCUGUCCGAUGCAGAGGCCCACUGCGCCGGCCGCGCGAGCGUGUGGGUCGCGCGCACGCUGCCGCCGCCGGCCGCCGGCGCCGCCGGCCGCCGGACGGGCGGGCUCGUCGCGGCUGCGGCGCGGGCGCGGUCCAAGGCGGCGCGGCGCGAGCUGUCCGAGGUUGUGUUCCACACCAUGCGGGAGCGGCUGGGCUGGCUGGACCCGCCGCUGUCGCUACUGCUGCGGUACCUGCUACUGGUGGCGGCAUCUUAUGCAGAGUCCCAGCCGGGCAGCUCGCUGGGCGCGGAGCAGGCGAGCGCUCGUGCUGCGCCCGCUGCCGCGUGGAUCCCCAUUUCAAGGGGGCUGGUGGAGGAGGGAGGCCCGGCUGCUGGCCCUGUGUUGCACGGUUACGUGCACACCCUGGAGUCGAGCAGCCCCAUGGCUUCUCAUCAGGCCAUCUGUACCUCUCUUGCAGCUGCAAACGAGCUUGCCUCCGCCCUCCUGGCGCGCGUCAAGGGCGGCGGCGCGGGGGCGCCGUUGGGCGAGCUGGCGCGCGACGCGGCGCCGCUGCAGAGCGAGGCGACGGGCCUGAGCUUCCCAGAGGGGCACGUGCUGGACCUCAUGCAGGGCGCCCGGGUGCCGCGCGCAGCGGCGUGGGACGCGCUGAAGCGCGCGCGCGGCGACACGGGCGCCGCGCUGGGCGGGGAGCUGAUGCGGCUGCGGCUGGACGCGGGGCUGCUGGGGCCUCUGGUGGAGGAGUACGCGGCAUACAGGUGCGGGGCGGCUUGUUGA